GGCUUGGAUAUCUGAGGCAGCCUUUUGAACAUGCGAUCUCAAACGCCCAUUGGAAGCGAUAUCGCACAUAUCAUAUCUUUGCGCUUCGCCCGAGCUCAAGGGAACAGUGUACGCUCAACACGAUAUCAGGCUGAAUGAUUUCUAUACCCGGUUCAAAUUCGACCACCGACCUGUGAUAGCCCAUCUCCACUAUCCCUCCGCGGCCAGUAACAUUCACUAAAUGGAAACCACGCGCAGCGCAUCACACACUUGUUUUUACAAGAGAACUGUUAGCUUGCGAACACGACCUUGCACGCAUCGAGAGCGAACUCAAAGAUAUUGCAUCGCGCGCUCCAGCUCAAAGAUGGAUCCCAGAUGCUGGCAUGACAGGUGACGAUCCCGGAACUGCAGUCGCUUGUCUGCGCGAUUGAUCACGGGAGUAGUCUCGGGAGUCGAGUGGCGGAGCAGCAUACGUCAGAUUUGGUGCGCACGGUCAAAACGGUGGCGGCAGCUAUUACAACGACGUUUGACCAAUUUGACGUUGUCCAGUUUCUCAAACAUGUUUCGGCCAGUGCAGCUUGAUCAUGCGAGUGGAGUAUCCACAGAUCAUUACGAGUGGAUUUACGCUUUACGAGAGUUCGGUCACCAUAGAUUUGUAAACGAAUACGCACGACGCAGCAACAACUAAUAAGGCUAGUCUACUUUCUCUCCGCCGUCCUUGCAGACAAGUUAGAUGGUUGUGGACCUGCUUUCCCUGAUCUUGACGUGUUCGCUGUUCUGCAGGCCUGGGCGUCACUGGCUAGCAGGAAGGACGUUGGAGCUGACGGUCUCCCCAUGGACAUGUUCAAAGCUACCAUGGGAGGCACGCUUGUGUUCAUAUGAAUUAUUCGAACGACGUUUAAAGAACUCGAGUUCUUGGGGAUCCCGAAAUUGAGAACCGUGCGAUCGCUCAAAAACUAGUGCUUUGUGCGUUCACUCUGGUCGCUAUUGCGACGACAGCUGCGACCAACGUCACUCUUACGGCUGGAAGCCUUUCUGCCGUACGAUUCACGUAAUUGGUGUGGUACGCCAAUUCUUGCACCUUGCUUACGCCAUGGCCCUUGACGUCCUGAUUGCGUUCCACGGUGGGGAUGUUGCGUUCGAUUCGAUGCAACGCGAACGCAUUGCGAUCAUUCUUCGUGCACUGGGUGCGUCCACAGGCAGCCAGGGCACGUCCGCUGGCACAUAUGCGCAAAUUAGUUGUCAUGAGGGCCAGUAUUCAGUUGCCGGGCGAAGGGGCCAACGCGUUUUUUCAUUACGGCAAUCUUCAGAGGCAGGGCGGUGUGGAGACCCUUGAUGAGCGGCUGGCUCUCGACCUUGCUCAGAUGCAGCCACCUGCGAAUUCCUGGGCGGAGGAAUGGUUCGGAUGUCAGCUCGAUGUCCUGGACGGGGCGCAGUACGUACAUCACACGAUUGGGUACGACAGCGAGAUUCGUUUUGCGGCCAAUCAAGUGAUGACAGCCAUGAGGAUUCGCGUGAUCUCGGAGCGAUUUGGUCGGCUCGAUUUCUUCUGAAAGCCGUCUUCCUUGUCAAUCGUGCCCAGGGGACUUUAAGCAAUUGAUUUGAAAUGUGAAUUCGUGGUCGAAGCGAAGUAAUACGUUAGCGUAUAGCGUAGUCGAAGACAAUUCUUCCAGGCGUGUUCUUUCGCAGAUCUGCAAGCAGGUCUGGGUGCUUACAAUAGAGGCAGACCAUCGCCGAUGAAGUGUUCCACACGCACAGGGGUAUUUUGUGCACAGCAGGCUUCUUAAUUGCUAAGAUCAGAGCGGGGUCGCUUUUGGUGGCUACUUCUGCUGUGCAUGGAUGCGAGUUCUGACGCGUUACGUCCGAAGUGUUGGAGAAUUUUCAGCGUUCGGAUAACAAUGGGCUGCUGCAGGUUUUGCGCAUCCGCCGGCGCCCAGAGACUGGACACACAGCCAAUGGUCGGCCGAGUUGACCAGGUCAACAAUCAAUCCUGGCGAUAGCUUAUCGUCGCCUAUUAUAAGCUCCUGUAGGUCUAUGCACAUCCUACCAACAUACCUGUUUUAGGUCUACGCACUGCCAACUGUUUGGCCCACCAUAGGUCUAUAGGUGACCUAUCGGUGGGCUUCUAGUGGGCCUGUAGGCAAGCCGUGCUGGCGUUCCGCGAUAGUUCGACGCACAGCGUACGCAAGUCAUACCACAGCACAAUGCGAAGUGAUGCGCUGGGCUUUCGCACGCCAUCGUGAUUCUGUCG